AUGAACCGUUUGUUUGGAAAAUCAAAACCCAAAGAGCCGGGUCCAAGCAUCAGUGAUUGUAUCAGUGGUGUUGAUGCACGGGCAGAGACAAUCGAAGGCAAAAUAAAAACGCUCGAUAACGAACUUCGGAAGUAUAAAGACCAAAUGGCCAAGAUGCGCGAAGGUCCGGCGAAGAACGCUGUCAAACAGAAGGCCAUGCGUGUGCUGAAGCAACGUAAACAGUACGAGAGCCAGGUGGAAAAUUUGCGGAACCAGUCAUUCAACAUGGAGCAGGCAAACUUUGCCCAUCAAACACUGAAGGAUACUCAGGCGACGGUGGCCGCCAUGAAGGAUGGCAUGAAGUCGAUGAAGAAAGAAUUCAAGAAGAUUAAUAUCGAAGAGAUCGAAGACAUACAGGACGAUAUGGCCGACAUGCUGGAGCAGGCGGAUGAAGUACAGGAAGCGAUGGGCAGAACGUACGGCAUGCCGGAGCUGGAUGAUGAUGAGUUGCAGGCCGAAUUAGAUGCGCUCGGCGAUGAGAUCGCACUCGAUGACGAUGCCAGCUAUCUGGACGAUGUCGUGAAGGCGCCCGAAGCUCCCGACAAGGAACCGGGAGCGGACAGUGUUACCAACAAGGAUGGAAUACUGGUUGAUGAGUUUGGUCUGCCAAAGAUUCCUGCAUCCGUCAAAACAACCUAA